AGUUUUAUUCCCAUAAUGGUUGGCUUGUUCAAUGUGCUUAUCACUGAUCAGCAUUUCCACGUCUUGGAUUCGUCAUUGCACUUCGGGGUGAACCCAGGUCGAAUGUAUCCAGCAGCUGGAAUCUUGUCAUGGCUAGAUGGACUGGACGAGUUUAUAGCUGGGACAGAGGCUGAACUAUUGAUCCUUCCAAAAGAUGCAUUUGGAAAUAAUGUCUCUUCAGCCAGUGAAGGACAAAUACCUUAUAAUUUUACACUGUUUGCGUCAACCUUAAAUGGUUUGCCCACAAAUAUUCUUAAUAUUACCCAAAAAGGAUGGAAUCAGCAAGGUUAUAUCUGCAUUGGGUUUGUUGCAGCCACUGCUGGAAGACUGCUACUUCAUGUACAAGUUGAAAACCAAACAUUGAAUGACCCUCCGCUGCCGUUCAAGGUGAAUCCAGGAAAGCUGGAUGCCCACAGUUGCAAAGCUCAAUGGAAUACAGAAACUAAGUACUUCCAAUUAUUUACCAUGAUGGAAGGUUUCAUACACCAGCAUGAUCAAUAUGGCAACCUGGUUUCAGGAUUGUAUGCAUUUGACAUUGAGGUUAUUGAGAAGGGAACCAAUUUGUCUAUGCCAGUGGCUGAUCUACUCUUCAAAGAUAUCAGUCCGGGUAUCCAAUCAUUUUCCUUCAGCCUAUACGAGCCUGGAAACUUCAUGCUCAUGAUAUCUGAUAAGGAGAAGAACACCCUUAUCUCCAACAUGCCACAUGAUUUCACUGUAUAUAUAGGUUAUUGUGAUGGGGCAAACAGUAUUGUCAAUGGAUCAGGUCUUAACAAUUCCGUCGCUGGUGAUAUUGCAACAUUCUCCGUCUUCCUGAAGGACUCUUAUUUAUAUCCAUCUCCAGUUGAUUUAGAAAACCUUAAAGUUCAAAUUUUUCAAGAAUCUGAUUCCGAGAUUAUACAUCCAAGCAUACGGAUAAGGGGGGCUAUCAAUGGAAGCUUUUCCUCAGGAAGAUUAAAUUAUGGGCUAAUUGAUCCUGUGCAAAUUGCUUCCGCUCCAGCGGUGGACCCAAAGAACACUUCUGCUGGAAAACGGAAUCACAAGUCUAGUGACUUUGCUGUCAUUUAUAAACCUGAAAAGAGUGGUACAUACGAAAUCCGUGUGUUUUGUGGAAAUAUUCCAUUGAAUGGUGGCCAUCCAUUUAAAAAAGAAGUCAGCCCAGGAGCUGUUAAUGUAUCGCUCUCAGGGGUUGUGAAAUUUGCAGAGAAAGUCCCGAAGCUGAUUAAAAAUGAAAUUGUUGUACAACUAGUGGAUUCAUAUUACAAUCCUGUUCUGCUGCAACAGUCAAAAUUGACAUUAGAGAUCGCUUCGCUCAAUAAAUCUGCUUCUUUGAUGUGGAUGUUCUCUGAUGAGAAUGAUGGAACUUAUAGCGGUAGCUACCUAGCGAAAGAUGUUGGCACCUAUGAGAUAUGUGCUUCAUAUAAUGGAGAGCGAUUCAUACCGUGCCCUUUUGGUGUGAAUGUGUACAACAGUGAGUAUUUCCCCAAAGCCUACAACGAUACAGUUUCAGUGUGGGAGGAUGAAUCGAUUCCUUUCAAUGUUCUUGAAAACGAUUAUUUUGCUGGGGGUAAUGCAAGUAUUCUUGAGUACUCAAAGCCAGGUCAUGGUUCACUUCUACAGCACGGCAACCUCUUUAGAUAUACACCAUACAAAGGGUUUUAUGGUAAUGAUUCUUUUCUGUACACGAUGGCUGACAUAAACGAGAACCGUGCUUCUGGUUCUGUGCACCUACUUAUCCUCUGCAGGCCACCUCAGUUUGUUUCUCUUCCAAGUAACUUGCAAGCUACAGAAGAUGUAGUUAGUCCCACAUUCGGUGGAUUCUCUGGAUUUGAGAUUGUCUACUCUGCUUUAGCUGAAAACAUCACUGUUACUCUCAGUUCCCUAUCUGGGACUGUGUUACUAUCUCCCACACAAAUGCAAUUUUGGCAGCCAAGGCGGAGUGAACUUUAUGUUCACAAAGAGGCUGGAACAGCCAGUGAAUUAACUUUGGUAGGCUCUUUAGAUGCAGUCAACUUUGCCCUUCAGUCCAUUCAAUACUUUGGAAAUGAGAAUUUCUAUGGUGGUGAUACGAUCCGAGUUUCUACCAUAAACAGGAAUGGGAGGAAUGAUAUAGAUGUUCCUAUCUAUGUGCAGCCUAUCAAUGAUCCUCCUGUCAUAAACAUUCCCUCAUUUGUUAUCCUGGAUCGUAUGAGUGAUGGGGUAGUCAUCUUUGGUGAACGAAGAGACAAGAUUGACUUCAUUGGAGAUCCAGAUCUUCUGAAUUUUCCUGGUAAUAGGUCUAGCUUUUUGAUUAUGUUCUCCAUAGAGGUCAGUGCUGGACUUUUAUCGACAAGCCUUCCUGCAGUGCUCAUUGGUUCAACUGAACUAAAGUUGAAAACUAGUUAUCAGUGGCAACCUCUUCAGACGUUCGUUACCAUCUCAAAGCAUUUCGUGGUGAAAGCAAAAGGUAUCAGGUUCCGGGGUACCAUUGAUGACUGCAACAGUAUCAUGGAGCAUCUAUCAUAUCAUGAAGGUGAACAUGGUGCUGUUUUGACUGUGAUGGUAAACGACCUUGCAAACCAUGGAUGCUACCCGAACUGUGCUGAGAUGAUGUCGAUGUGUCUAUUUGCUGAGUCCACAGUAAAUCUGAUCAGACACAGGCCCAUGGGUUCAUUGGCAGCUCAUGCGUUAGGAUCAGCAAUCGUGAUUGAAUCCAUUGCGGUGUUUUCUCUUGGUCUGCUUCUUUUGUUUUUCGUAUGCAAAUGUGCUGCUGUUCUCGUCCACGAAAAGAAGAGGCGGAAGGCCCAGGAUAUUCAGCUAUCCAAAUGUGAAGGUUCCCCCAAACAAAAUUUGGCUGGAGACAGUUCUGGAAACGAGAAACUAUAUACAGGUUAUUGUCCAUUACCCUUCUUUGGAGGCCAGCAUUCAAACUCCCAGAGAUCAGUCCAUAUAUCUGGAACUGAGGAAGCUGAUGAGAUCAUGAAGAAUUCCCCUCGGUCUUCCACUGAUCAUCAUGAAGAUGUUCUGCCCUCAGAUGUUGCGCCAUCUGUUUCUCUGGAGGGAUGAGAAUCUUAAUGUUUCACCCUCAGAUGUAAGGCCAUCUAUUUUGCUGGGACGAUGAUGCCCGUGUGCAUAUCAGAAAUGAUAUAUCGUUAGAGUUUAUCAUCUCGUAAACCAACUUAAAUUGGAAAACAUCCUUUCACAACAUAUAAGCACACAUUUUUCACUUGGAUAUAUUAUACUUCUGUCGUGAAAAUUCAUGAAUACUAACAGAAAAGUAAUACAUAUAGCUUCAUAAACAGGUUGAAGCCUCACCCCCUGAUUCUGGUUGCUUAGAGCAUGUACAUAUAGAUGGCCAUCACUUGAGCAAACUCCCAGUUGUUACAAAA